GCUUUGUCAUUGUCUUUUCUCUUUUCACAAAACACUAUCGAAUGAAGCAUUCUCUGAAAAAAGAUGUGCUAAUGAGUUUCUUCAAUUAACCUAGGGUUUAUCAGGGACUCCAGACUCUCUGCUCUUCGAAGCUCUCAGCAAUGUCGUUUUGGUGGCCUUUGCUCGUUCUCGGAUUCGCUUUCGCGAUCUGUAGAUUCUUAUUGAUGCUCAUUCCUCACAAUGUGCCUCCUAUCGAUGUCGACGCUUCCGAUAUGUUAGAUGAUGGAAAUCAGACCAAGGAGACCACCUUCAUUUAUAUACCUUCAAAAAGGCAUACAGACAAAGUUCAGUGCUAUGAGCCAGCAACAAUGAAAUACCUGGGAUACUUCCCUGCAUUGAAACCUGAUGAGGUCAAAGAGCAUGUAGUCCAGGCAAGGAAGGCACAGAAAAUAUGGGCACAGAGUACCUUCAAGCAAAGACGCCAGUUUCUGCGGAUACUUCUAAAGUAUAUUAUUGAGCAUCAAGAGCUUAUAUGCGAAAUCUCUUCACGUGAUACUGGAAAGACUAUGGUAGAUGCUUCCCUGGGAGAAAUAAUGACAACAUGUGAGAAGAUCACUUGGCUACUUUCAGAGGGGGAGCGGUGGCUAAGGCCUGAAUACCGGUCCUGUGGUAGAUCAAUGCUUCACAAGACAUCUAAAGUGGAAUUUUAUCCACUUGGUGUGAUUGGUGCCAUUGUCUCAUGGAACUAUCCAUUCCAUAAUAUAUUUAAUCCAAUGCUGGCAGCAGUAUUUUCAGGGAAUAGCAUUGUGAUAAAGGUUUCUGAAUAUGCAAGUUGGUCAGGAUGUUUCUACGUUCGAAUAAUCCAUGCUGCCCUUGCUGCUGUAGGCGCUCCUGAAAAUCUGGUUGAUGUAAUAACAGGGUUUGCUGAAUCAGGUGAAGCACUAGUAUCUUCAGUUGACAAGGUCAUAUUUGUUGGAUCACCUGGUGUGGGGAGAACGAUAAUGAGAAAUGCUGCCGAGACACUGACACCAGUUACGCUUGAGCUUGGUGGGAAAGAUGCAUUUAUUGUGUGUGAAGAUGUAGAUGUACCUCAUGUUGCACAAAUUGCUGUAAGGGCUGCUCUUCAGUCAAGUGGACAGAAUUGUGCUGGGGCUGAGAGAUUUUAUGUUCAUCGGGACAUUUAUCCUUCAUUUGUCGCUGAAGUAUCCAAAAUUGUAAAAUCUGUUAUUGCCGGUCCUCCACUGGCUGGAAAGUACGAUAUGGGAGCCAUAUGUAUGCAAGAGCAUUCAGAAAGGCUUCAAAGCCUUGUAAAUGAUGCCAUAGACAAAGGAGCUGAAAUUGUUGGUCGGGGAAGUGUUGGCAAUAUAGGUGCAGGUGCUGUUGAUCAGUACUUUCCUCCCACCGUCAUUGUGAACGUAAACCACACCAUGAAGUUGAUGCAGGAAGAGGCUUUUGGACCAAUCAUGCCAAUAAUGAAAUUCAGCUCAGAUGAAGAGGCUGUCAAGCUUGCAAAUGAAUCAAAAUAUGGGCUUGGCUGCGCUGUCUUUUCUGGUAGUCAGCGCCGCGCCAAGCAGAUUGCUUCCCAGAUACACUGUGGAGUUGCUGCAAUCAAUGACUUUGCAUCAUCUUACAUGUGUCAGUCCCUGCCAUUUGGUGGUGUAAAAGAGAGUGGGUUUGGAAGAUUUGCCGGUGUAGAAGGAUUGCGAGCUUGCUGUCUUGUGAAAUCAGUGGUCGAGGAUAGGUGGUGGCCAUAUAUCAAAACUAAGAUACCAAAGCCUAUUCAGUAUCCUGUUACGGAGAAUGGGUUUGAGUUUCAAGAGUCACUUGUAGAAGCUCUCUACAGCUUAAAUGUGUGGGACAGGUUGCGGGCAUUGGUCAACGUCUUAAAACUCCUUUCAGAUCAGAAUCCCCAUGCCAGCAAUAAGAGAAGGAACGAUUGAGUACAUUUUCUAUCAGGUGGUUUUGUGUUUUUGUUUUUAUUUUUAUUUUCUCCUUUUCCUUUUACUUUUAUUUACUUGGAAUAGACUCCAGCGUGAUAUUCGGAUUGCUGCUUACCAACCCCUCUGCCCUCUUUUUUAAUAUUCUAAAAACCCUUUUUCUUGUUCUUCUCUGACUUGUACGAAGAUUUUGAAGAUGCCCAACUGGUAUGUUUGACAGUUUCUCCAAGGAAAUUGUGCAAUGUCAAUGAAAUACAUUGCCCUGAGUUUGCUAA